AUGUUAAAUCUGCUGUCAUUUCCCCCGAAUGGGGCGGAAAUUCUUCUUAAUUCGCUUGCCGUGCAACGAACGGCAGGCUUGGCGUUUGACCUGCGCGACUCUGAGGAUGAGGAGAGGAUUCAACAAAAGAAGGCGCGACAACAACUGCUCCGUGUCCAGCUUGAGCGGCGGCACGAGUUGGAACUACUGGAUAACCAGGCCUCAGAGAUCACACAGCAGCUUCUUGCACAAAUUACUGUUAUUAUCCGUGAGCAGCAGACCACGUUGCGACUUGAAGGAUAUCAAACAAUUGUCUUUGAUAAUGGUGACACAUACGAGGGGAAUUGGAAGAGUGGUCGCAUGCACGGUACGGGAUACCUGAAGCGAGUGAAGUCUAAUGACCUCUACGAAGGCGAAUGGUUUCUUGGUCUACGCAAUGGCACCGGCUCAUACCACAGUCCCGAUUUUGGCACUUUCUACAGCGGGAAAUGGCAGGAUGGCAAAUGGCACGGUCGUGGAGAGCUGAUAGAGCCUGAGGGAAUUUAUACGGGGGAGUUUUUGGAUGGACUCCUGCGAGGUUAUGGUGAGUAUGUGUACAACGAUGGACACGUAUACAGGGGCGAAUGGGUGAAUGGCGUGUACAACGGCACAGGGACGUAUCUACUUCCAAACGGUGGCAAGUACGAGGGACAGUGGAUGGAUGGUUGUGAACACGGGCGUGGGACUAUGACCUAUUUCAAUGGGGACACCUACACGGGAGAAUGGCAGAACGGACACAAACACGGCAUUGGAACGUACACAAGUGCGUCUUUGCAGUAUGAGGGUGAGUGGUGCUUUGGAGCUAUUGAAGGUCGUGGGCAGUGCAAGUAUGCGGAUGGCUCUAUCUAUGAGGGUGAGUGGCACAAAAGCAUGUAUCAUGGUAAAGGACAGUUUAUUAGUCCUACAACUAGGCAGAGUUAUGCUGGUGAGUUUUUCCACGGCAAACGCUGCGGCCAUGGUGUGUACCGCUCUGAUGAUGUGGUGUACACUGGAGAGUGGCUCAACGACCAGAAACACGGAGAAGGGGAACUUAACAUUCGCGGUGGGGGUACGCUUUGUGGGACUUGGCAUGAGGAUUUGCCACAUGGCAAAGGAGUCUACACGAUGGGGACUGAAAAGGUGUACGUGCUUUACGAGUCUGGCUACUGUGUUCGCUCCUCCCCGCAAGGCCUCUGCCAACGGGUGGAUUUACGGCUGCUGCCUUCGAAUGAUUGA